AUGUAUAAAUCACAAUUAAUUAAACAAACUCAAAAACAAUAUAUUCAAUCAACAAGAUUUUUAUCAUCAACUUGUCAAUUAUUAAAAUGGAAUGAAAUUCCUUUAGCUCCACCUGAUAAAAUUUUAGGUAUUACUGAAGCUUAUAUUAAUGAUUCAAAUUCCAAAAAAAUUAAUUUAGGGGUUGGUGCUUAUAGAGAUAAUCAAGGUAAACCAAUUAUUUUCCCAUCAGUUAAAAGAGCUGAAGAAAUUUUAUUACAAAAAGAAAAUGAAAAAGAAUAUACUCCAAUUAUUGGAUCUAAAAAAUUUCAAAAUAUUGUUAAAAAUUUCAUUUUCAACAAUAGUGGUAAAGACGCAAAUGGUGAACAAUUAAUCAAGGAUAAUAGAAUUGUUACUUCACAAACAAUUUCAGGUACUGGCUCAUUAAGAGUUAUUGCUGAUUUCCUUAAUAGAUUUUAUUCAAAUAAAAAAAUUUUGGUUCCAAAACCAACUUGGGCAAAUCAUGUUGCUGUUUUUAAAGAUGCUGGUUUAGAUCCAGAAUUUUAUAAUUAUUAUGAAACUUCAAUUAAUGAUUUAGAUUUUGAAAAUUUAAAAAAAUCAUUAAUUAAUGCACCAAACGAAUCUGUUGUUUUAUUACAUGCAUGUUGUCAUAAUCCAACUGGUAUGGAUUUAACAAGUGAACAAUGGGAUGAAGUUUUACAAAUUAUUCAAGAUAAGAAAUUUUUCCCAUUAGUUGAUAUGGCUUAUCAAGGUUUUGCAUCAGGUAAACCAUAUGAAGAUAUUUAUUUAAUUCGUAAAUUAACUAAAAAAGCAAAUGAAAAUGAAAUUCCAACAUUUGCUUUAUGUCAAUCAUUUGCUAAAAAUAUGGGAUUAUAUGGUGAAAGAACUGGUUCAAUUUCAAUCAUUACUGCAAAUUCAAAUGAUUCAAAAGCUGUUGAAUCUCAAUUAAAAAAAUUAAUUAGACCAAUAUAUUCAAGUCCUCCAAUUCAUGGUUCAAAAAUUGUUGAAAUUAUAUUUGAAGAACCAGGAUUAAAAGACCAAUGGUUAAAUGAUUUAAAUAAAGUUGUUGGUCGUCUUAAUACUGUUAGAUCAAAAUUAUAUGAAAAAUUGGAUAAAUCAAAUUAUAAUUGGGAUCAUUUAUUAAAACAAAGAGGUAUGUUUGUUUAUACUGGUUUAACACCUGAACAAGUUAUUAGAUUAAGAAAUGAAUUUAGUGUUUAUGCUACAGAAGAUGGUAGAUUUAGUAUUUCUGGUAUAAAUGAUAAUAAUGUUGAAUAUUUAGCAAAUGCUAUUAAUGAAGUUAUUAAAAAAUAA